AAAAAAAAAAAAAAAAAAAAAGAACCGGCAACAACAGCAGCAGCAGCAGGCCAGUGUCAACAUGGAGAUAAUCAAUAAGCUGAGCGGUGCUUUUUGGAGCACACAGAUCUGGCUGCCGCCGAAUACAACAUGGGCGGACAUAGCGCCCGGCUCCCGGCCGGAUGUGGUGCACGCCAACUACAAGGACCUCAUCUGGCCGAUACCACUGGCCGCGGUGGUCAUGCUGGUUCGCUACACCCUAGAGCGUUUCUGGAUAUCACCCAUUGGAAAAUCGUUGGGUAUACGUAGUUCUAGACCUAAGAAAGCAGCUAAUGUUCCUAUACUCGAGACAGCCUAUGCCAAAUCCACGCGUCUGGACAACAAACGGCUGGCUCCGUUGUCGAAACAAACCGACAUGUCUGAACGCCAAAUCGAACGCUGGUGGCGCCUGCGACGUGCCCAGGACAAGCCCUCCACCCUGGUCAAGUUCUGCGAGAACACCUGGCGAUGCAUCUACUACCUGUACAGCUUCAUCUUUGGAGUGAUUGUCCUGUGGGACAAGCCCUGGUUCUGGGAUGUUAAGAGCUGCUGGUACGGCUAUCCCCAUCAGUCGAUCAGCAAUGAUAUCUGGUGGUAUUAUAUGAUUUCGAUGUCGUUCUAUUGGUCGCUAACCGGCACCCAGUUCUUUGAUGUGAAACGCAAGGAUUUCUGGCAAAUGUUCAUCCAUCAUAUGGUCACCCUGCUCCUGAUGUCCCUCAGUUGGGUCUGUAAUCUGCAUCGUGUUGGCUCCUUGGUGCUCGUUGUCCACGACUGUGCCGAUAUCUUUCUGGAGGCGGCCAAGCUAACCAAAUAUGCCAAAUAUCAGAAGCUAUGCGAUGCCAUCUUUGCGAUCUUCACGGUGGUCUGGAUUGUGACACGAUUGGGCUUCUAUCCUCGCAUCAUCUACAGCUCGUCUGUGGAAGCACCACGCAUUCUGCCCAUGUUCCCAGCCUACUACAUCUUUAACUCACUGCUGCUGAUGCUCCUCGUCCUGCACGUCAUCUGGACAUAUAUGAUUCUCAAGAUUGUGGUCGACUCUCUGCAGAAGGGUCUGAUGUCCGGUGACAUUCGGUCCAGUGAUAGUGAGGAUCUCACAGAUAGCUCGGAGAAUGCCCGGCUGGCCAAUGGAUCGGCGCGUUCCAAGGCCAAGUCGAAUAGUGGCGGAGGAGCUGGUGGAGCAGAAACUACAGCCAUUCAACGAAAGUCCCUCAACGCCAAUAAUCACACAACCGAAUCGGGUGGAGGAGCUGCGUCAGCGGCGUCCCAAUAGGCUAGAAUGGAGGUCUGGUUAGGAGGAUGGAGGAGGAGGCAGCACCUAUUAUAAAGGUGCAGGUUCAGGAGCAACAACAACAACAACAACAACAACAAACAAACAACACCCACACCAACAUGCAUAACCCACACACACACACACGC